GGAUCCUUCAUGUGGAUUUUAGCGGAACUUGACGGACAGGAGCCGAGCAGCUCAGCUCGACCUGCUGCACGACUCUCCGCUGUUUGUGCGCACAUUCAGGACCGGAGCACCUGCUGGCUUUUACAGUCUGUCUGCACUGCGUCGAACCCCCCCUCCUCCUCUUCCUCACUCCCCUCCCUCCCUCUGUCGCUCACUUAUUUUCUCCCUCUCCCUCUCUCUCUCUUUCUCCUCAUGAAAUCCUGCAAUAUGCUUCCAAAUUCCCGGACGCGGACUCUCUCCUGAGCCGGUUUUCCUUCAAAGCCUCGGAUUUUUUUUUAACCGUUUUUACCGCAGAGAAAAUCACGAGAGUCUCUGAGUGCGGAUGCUGCUGCAGUGCCAAGUCCUCCCAGUCCUCCCCUUCAGACUGAGAGCCAGCUCUUCUUGGGAGUUCUAUCUUUUUUCCAGCAUGAUUUUAAGAAAUUGUCAGUCAGGAUUUUUGCUGUCUGAAGCCUACUCCUUCUCUUCUUUCUCCUCCUCCUCCUCUCUCUGCGGGCUUCUCCGAUCGACGCUGAAAACCUACACCAAGAGGAUACGGAUGUUGACCAAGACAACAUAGUCUAUUAAUAUUUCAGAGCUACUGUAAAGCGAUAUUAAACCCCAGGUUGUGGCGGGUGGCUGGGGAAGGUGCACAGGAUCUCCAUCUGCUGCUCUCCAGCUCUGCUCAGGUGAGAAAAAAGAGAUGUGAUGGCGAUAGUGCUGAGGAUGAUGAUGAUGAUGAUGGAGAGGGAGGUUCUCCACAGCUCCUGGCCGCAGUAGGAGCUUCUCCACUCCAGCCUACCGCCUCCUUCUCUCCUCUACACCUAAACUUCCUCUUUCUCUCCUCCACCCGCCAGGAAGGAUGACUGUGGUGUCCACAGAAAACAUGGACGAGACUUCCACCCUGCCGGGUCACCCGCAGGACCCCUACCCGCCUGAUGAUGACCACGACAACCAUGACUGCUGUGAGCGGGUGGUUAUCAACAUCUCAGGGCUGCGCUUCGAGACCCAGCUGAAGACCCUCGCCCAGUUCCCGGAAACCCUACUGGGGAACCCUAAGAAGAGGAUGCGCUACUUUGACCCCCUUCGAAACGAGUACUUCUUUGACCGGAAUCGCCCGAGUUUUGACGCCAUCUUGUACUAUUACCAGUCAGGAGGACGGCUGAGGAGGCCGGUCAACGUGCCGCUGGAUAUGUUCUCAGAGGAGAUAAAGUUUUAUGAACUCGGUGCUGAGGCAAUGGAGAAGUUUCGGGAGGAUGAGGGGUUUAUUCGGGAGGAGGAGCGACCUUUGCCUGAGAACGAGUUCCAGCGGCAGAUCUGGCUCCUCUUCGAGCACCCAGAGAGCUCGGGGCCAGCUCGGGGUAUCGCCAUUGUCUCGGUGAUGGUCAUUCUUAUUUCAAUAGUAAUUUUUUGCUUGGAGACAUUACCAGAGCUGAAGGAGGAUCCCAACGACCGGAUUCACAUGGUGGGCAACACCACCAUGUUCUACAAAGCAAACGUCCUCACAGACCCUUUCUUUGUGGUGGAGACGCUCUGCAUCAUCUGGUUUUCCUUUGAGUUGAUAGUUCGGUUCUUUGCCUGCCCCAGCAAGGCAGCGUUCUUCAAAAACAUGAUGAACUCUAUCGAUAUUGUGGCUAUAAUCCCAUAUUUCAUCACUCUUGGCACAGAGCUGGCUGACGACCAAGGCAACAGGGAGGGUAAGGGUGGCGGGGAGCAGGCCACAUCUUUGGCCAUUCUCAGGGUAAUCCGUCUGGUGAGGGUGUUCAGGAUCUUUAAAUUGUCCCGACACUCCAAGGGGCUCCAAAUUCUGGGGCAAACUCUAAAGGCCAGCAUGCGGGAGCUGGGCUUGCUCAUUUUCUUCCUCUUCAUUGGCGUGAUUUUGUUUUCCAGCGCUGUCUACUUUGCGGAGGCUGAGGAGAAGGACUCGUUCUUCUCCAGCAUCCCAGAUGCUUUUUGGUGGGCCGUGGUGUCGAUGACAACAGUCGGCUAUGGGGACAUGUACCCUGUGACCAUCGGAGGGAAGAUUGUCGGCUCGCUUUGCGCCAUAGCCGGAGUGUUAACCAUCGCGCUGCCGGUGCCAGUCAUCGUGUCCAACUUCAACUACUUUUACCACCGGGAGACGGAGGGUGAGGAGCAGGCCCAGCUGCUCAACGUCAGCAACCAGAACUUGGCGUCGGACACCAACUCGAGUCGCCGCAGCUCCUCGGUGGUCAGCAAGUCGGAGUACAUGGAGAUAGACGAGGACUUAAACAACAGCAUUGACAACUUCAGGGAAGCUAACCUUAGGACUGCCAACUGCACAGCUCCCAGCCAGAACUGUGUUAACAAGGGCAAGCUGCUCACCGACGUGUGAGGCGGCAUGCGACCACCGCUGUAAAUAUUGUAGAAAUAUCUGGAUGCUUUAUAUCCAUUGGUGCAUUUUAUUUUCAUCUUUGCAUUGAUUCAUUCAGACAUUUGUGGAGACUUUAAUGCACAUGUGGUCAAAUUAUUCAAAAAAAAAAAAAAAAGAGAAAAACAUUUGUUUGGCAAUAGUACAAAAAUCUGCAGGUUCGGGGAAACAUUUGAGAAAUUAUUGACAAAGUUUAGUAACUUGCACCCUUCGACUUUCUAAUGGUCUAAACAUUAAAUGGAAGCUUCGCUAAUUUUACUUUUAGUCAAGGAUUUCCAUAGACUGUAUAUAAAAAUAUGGAUGAAAGGUAUAAAGAGUGAAGCUAGUGCUGAUUGGCUUAAACCUGCAUUCCUUCUUCUGCAGCGAGUGACCCCUCUUUGAGAAGUCUAUGAGAAAAUGAGCCUACUGCUUACCUGACUUCUCAGUUCAGCAAUAUUUUCCUGAUGAGUUUAUGGUCUCAGUUGCUGGUUUCAGGUCUUACUGAAUAAAACACGAUGUUUACUUUGGAAAUUACGGUCCUGUUCGAGUCAUAUGGGACGAUAAAAGAGGGGCGGAGCUAGAAGAGAGCUUCCUCGUGACUGUCUGAGCGUGUCCCUCGGUUCCUCAUUCAUCCCAGAUCUCAUGCUUCAUGUUCAGAUUCCAAACUGGCUUCAAACGAGGCUUCACAAAACAAAGCGUGUCAUCGUCACACUGGCUACAUCCAUCUUUUAUAUACAGUCUCAGAAGUUAGUUUAAAUGUCUCAACUUGUCAGUUUAUCUACACUAAAUUUUGUGGUAAAAACUGGACCUGUGGAUUUUAAAGAUAUGAAAAGGCUGCAAAACAGAUACCCACAUUGCAUCCUGGGAAAUGCAGUGUUUUGUCCCAAACUAGAGAUGGAAAAGUAAGAGUAUUUCUUCUUCCUGUUUUAUAUCACUUUUAACCAUUCUUCCAGCUCAGUGUAAAAAGAAAACACAUCCUUUUGGAAGGGAAACACUCACCUGAUGGAGUGCACCUUUAUCAGAGUUAUUACAGUAAUAUCCUCUUAGAAUCCUUUCAUAAUUACGAUUUAAUUUAGGAUGAAUUAAAAGAAAAACUUUAGAGCAAAGCAAUACAGCUUUUAUCUGUGCUGCACUGUUUGACAAAGAGAUAUUACGUCACAGAAAAAAUGGAUCAAAAGUAGGUUUAAAAGUAACAGAAAGGAUUCAGAAAGUAUCAAAAGCAAGCUAAGACAAUGACAUAUAUGCAAGGCAUAUAUUGUGAAUUUAAUAGUAGAAAUGACUAAUUGUACAAUAAUGAAUCAAAUGUCUUCCCGACACCUGCCAAGUUUUGUGCAACAGACCGAACUUUCAGGAAAAAAAAAAGGAACAGAAAAAAAUAAUUAAAGCCCAACUGAGAUUCGAAGAACGAUUUCCUCCCUGAAGAAACGCUUUCUGCGUGGAUUAUUUCAGGUGUGUCUUUCUGCGGCACAUCCAGGGAAAAUUUGGAAAAUGCGACGCCGGAUGUAGACCCCGGCUUUUCAGGCACCUUAUCAGAGAUAAACAGGAAGCGUGCCGAGCCUUGUGAAGGAUUACGUGCAUCGCUGCUGCUGCUAUGGGUCGGCUGGAGGUUCCCUGUAUGAUGCCAUGCAACACUCCUUUAUAUAGAAGCAUGUGGAGACUCUCUUCUCUCUUAUAUCGGCAUGCACAAGACGUUACCUCAUUUUAUUUCUACAUUCUUCUGUGCGUCGAGCUCCAUCUCCCGCUCCUGGAUUUUUUCUCUCAUUUGUUUUCACCAAAAGUGCACUGGCUGCUUAUUCUUAUCAUUUCAGUUGUUUCAGAGCAUUUAAGUGUUGAAUGUUUAAGGGAACAGGAACUCUUCUUCUUUUGAAGAUUAUGGCAUGUCAAAAUACUAAAGCAUUAUGGCCUAAUUAGCUAUGGUAUAGCUACGUAUACUCAAUGCAUGACGUCAGUAUUAAAUUGCUUGCAGUUGGGAGGGACCUGGGGAGGUGGAGGAUGAUGAUGAUGAUGUGUGUUCUCAUUAUUGUCGCGCUAAAGACAGAAUUUGGUGCAUGAUGGAGCUAAACUGUCGGAGGGAACAAAUCUCCUAAAAAAGAAGAAAAGAAAAACAAAUUAAGAAAAAAAAUUAGAUAUAGCCGAUGAUCUCUAAAAAAAAAGAUCUCAUAAAUUCCAUCCUCCGUUUUCAUUUGUUUAAAGCUUCGAUCUUGGAGUGCAUGGGAUCAUUUCAUGUGAUUUAUGACCCCAAGAAGGAAAGCAGUAAUAUUUAACAAAUUUCAUAGAUAUAUCUAUAAUUAGCGUCUUAGUGCCUUGAAGCCCUUCUCGUUCUAGAAUUGACUGAAGUGCCUCCCGUUCCAAGAGAAAAACAAAGAGCUUACUGUGUGCAGCUUAACUUCUCCUGCCAUAAAGAUGCACUGCUCCCUGCACUUAUGGAACUAAACACAGAUGAACCCACAUGUUCAGAAUUUAGUCCUGAUUCCUGGGCCUAAAAAACACAAAGAAAAGCUUUUCUGGGAUGAUGACACACAGCAUUCGUGCAGGAAAGUUCAAAUAUGGAUCAUUUAAGAUUUCCUUAUAUUUGGUACAUUUGGAGUUUGAUGGUAUGUAUACCACACGGACACUCAGCCCUUCCAGAUAUUACCCAUUAGAAAAGUUACAUGGAGGUGAUGUGUUGGAUGUUCAGAUGGAGUGACUGUUGAAGGACAGGAGCUGCUCAGCUGGUUCAAUUAGAACAGGACAGAAAGGUCAAACAGCUCGAUUUAGGAGAAAGUCGUGAAGGAAACGGUCAGAAACCAAAGCCGACAGUUUGAGGAUGGUGACCCUCAUGCUGGUGCAGUACAUCUGUGCAUAGGUGUAUAAAGAGGGAUAUUAUAGAGUGAUUGCCGUGUGUAAAGUCCUUCUUACAAUAGAUAUGAGGAAAGAGGCAAUUGGUGAUCGGGUGAUGAGGUGUGAUGAGCAGAGAAAGAGCAGUGAAGAGCUAAACCCUGCGGUGAGGGUGCCUCUGUCAUAGUGUCGUAGUUCGCAUGUUGUCUGAAGGUUCCUACAGACUGUGAUCUGAUCUGUGCCCAUAUCUGUAGUCAGAGCACAUAAGCUUCAGGUUUAAAUUAGUAGUCUGGACUCUGCUGCUGAAGUCUGGAUAGGCUUUGGUUGGAUGUAGGUACCCUCCUCUGUGCACAGCAAAGAGGGAUUAUAACAGCACCCUCAUCCACCAUCAUCCAAACACUGAGGUGGUGUUUAACCCUCCACUCGAGCUCCGAGCCUUCAAGAAUAAAAGCCAAGCACCACCAAAGUUCUUCCUGCUGCCUUAACCUUUAAAUGACUUAACAUCAGUUCUUCCUUUAAUUCCUCACAUGAAUGCUAAAAGAAGGCACUUCAAUCAGCUGCCAAGGGAGCAAAAUACCUAUUCAGACACAUGAAACUAAUGAAAUUAGUUUCUUGUUUAUGCCAGCUAACUGCACAGAACUGUGUACACUGGUUAAGGUAACAAACAUUUUUAAAUAGCCACAGAAAUGACACAGAAAAAUACAUUUAAAAUAGCAUGUGAUCAAUAACUGGUGCUAAUUACGGCUCAUUAUUCUCACUUUUUUUAAAGAACUAAAAUUAAUUUGGAGGAAAAGUCAAAAAAGUGACAGCUCAAAGACCACUUUGUUAGGUACACCUUUGAAAUCUAGAGUCAUACAUUUCCUGCCUUUACAAAAACCGCCAUGUAAAACAGGUGAUGAUUUCUGUUUAUUACAAAGCUCUUUCUCAAUUAUGUCACAUUUUUUAGAUUUUACAGGUGUACCUGGGUUUUAGCGCAAAAUGCAGAUUUUGUGGUUUCACCAAAAAAAGUACCUCACUUUCAGAGAAAUUUCUUAAAAAUCUAACAAUUAUUGGCAAUCUGUGAAUACAAACAUGGCGUGGGUGUCCUCGAUGAAGUUAGGGCUUCAGCUGAGGCACAAAAACGAGAUGUCAGCAUUAGGGAGCCUAUGAACUGAACAGAACAGCAGAACACUGCCACCUUCUGAUGCCGGGGACCAAAAACUGCUGGAGAUUCGAUCAGAGUCUUUGGAAAGAGUAAAAACUGCAGAGAACGAUACUUCUGUCAUCGAUCUGCAACACCUUUACCUGCCUCUAGUCACUGCCGUGUUUGUGAUGCUUUUUACUAAGCUCGUCCUGAGUGAGCGUGAAAGGAAAAAAGCCUCUGUCUGUGUGUGGAUGAUGGUGGACCUGACCUCAGUGUUUCCUCUGCAGAGCGUCUGAACAUUACCACGGGCGUUAGUCACUCAGCAUGCCAGCAAAAUGGCACUGCUGUUCAUACAGGGGAGAACCUGCCUGUGUGAGGGAAGACUGCUGUGAUAUUUAUUUCUGUUAAAGCAUUGACUUUAAUUCCACACGGUCAAUUUUCAGUGACAUUAACAGCUGUAAGUGAUUAAUCAUCACUUUUAGUGUUACAAAAUGUUUUAGACUGCAUCCAAGUGUCCAAAAGGCCAUCCAGUCAACCACAUGACUGUGAGGGCACACUAGAGGGAAAGGAUCAGGACACACACACACACACACACACACACACACUUAUAAAAUAUCAGCUGUACCAUGUGGACGUCAGAGGAAACACAGGCUUCAUUUUUGGUUAGCUGGGAGCGUUUAUAACUCACUCGAAGUGAUUUGAGACAAGGCUUAAAAUGUCAUUAAUAACUGUCCAGUCACAGGUUCUUGGCGUGGGAAGCCUCGCCCCUGAAGUUUCCUUAACUUUUAGAAGGUACUGCCACAACUUUUCCAGUACUGUGCUGGUGUUUUUUAUUCAGUUUGUAAGGCCGGCCCGCUCUGCUGUGGUCGCUAUAACGACAUUCUGACUCAUGUCUAUUUCACAGAAAUACGAACAUGAAUGUUAUCAGGUUUCUCUGGUGGGAAAAUAUCAAGGAUAAAAAUGCUGGAUUUUGAUCCUGAUCCUCACUUCAGAUAAAAACACCUGCAGACUUUCAGGCUGCUGUUACAUUUGAAGCUGAACCUCAGAGUCAGAGCAGCAGUGACCCGAGGAGUCCUCUGCAGCCACCCACACAGCUGUUUUCACUGAUUAGAGCUCCUCUCAAGUCUGUGUGGGCAUGUGCAGACUGGACCUGGGACCAACAACAUUUAUCACUAAAAAACUAAACAGAGAGUUCAAGUUAAUCAGUUAAUUAUUUAUUUAUGUAACCACCAUGUUUUAAUUAUUAUUGUAGGAAAAUGUAUAUGUGGUGCCAUAUUUUACUCAUCAGUCUGCACUUAGUCACAAAAUGAAGUUAAACGCAACACACAAGAUUAUAUUUAUGUUUUCUUGGCUAUUAACCUUAAAAACACAAACUAGUAUUAAUGUGAAAAAGACUACAUAAUCUAAAACAUGCAUGGUGGUAUUUACAGGUAACUUUUUCCAUAAGAUGCAGAAAUUAAAAUGAGUCUAAUUUUGCAUGCAAUAAUCUCGUUCAUACCAAAACAGUUUGGACAAAUUCCAGGCUGGGGAUGAUAUGAAGAUAAAAGUUUACACCUGAAAGAUGAAUUUAAAAAUGAAUAGCUAUUAGACACUAAUAAUCCGUGCACAAAGUGUGUUCGUGUGUGAGAGAGAAUUAUUCUAAUUUAUUCAUGCACAUCAACAGUUUCAGCUUAGCACGAUGUAGACAAGCACAAUAUUUUUGUUUAUGCAUAAACCGAGGGAAGUCUUGUUGUGUGCAGAAUUAUACAUUACAAGAAGAGUUUAUAGAAGUUUCUCCCUGCAACUCUGAAAUGUUGCUGACAAGAAAACGUGUUAAUGAUCUGAUUUGACAUCAUGGUGAUAAAAGAGCCUUCUUGUGUGCUCCAGCAUUUUUAUCACAAGCAAACUGGAGUCUCUCUUUUGCACUCAACUAUCAUCCAUUUAUAAAAACAACAAACAAAAAACACCCAUCUAUUUUCAGCCCUGCCUAUGAUUAGAAUUAGAUUCAAAUUAUUAUUUGAUCUCUUUUUGUCGAGAAGUUGUCUUAUUGCUAGAUGAUACUGAUAAGAAAAAUAUGUUUUCUUGAUGCAUAAAUGUUUGUAUUUUGUGUCACAGUUACUGAUUUCCAAAAUUCUUAUUUUAAGAUUAACUUCUGGCACAGAGCACAGCUUCAUUUGGGACUCUUCUGCUUCCUGAAGCUUUAAAUUUAUUGCUGCUGUGAGUGAUGGAACAUUAGGAGGAAGGUUUAUUGUGCGUCUCGGCUGUGUGUCAUCAUCCUUUUACCUUAAAGGCUUGUCUUAUAAACUGCCGAAGAAAAAAAAUCCCUUUAAUUAACAUUUCAGUCUGAUGGAAAAAUUAAUGCAUGCAACGAAGGUGCUACGUGUUAAACAUGCAGUAUGUUCUAGGGAGCAAAAUUACAAAUUCCACAUGUUUUUAAAGGAAGGAUCACAUUCAAAAUGUCUAUAUUUUUUCUUAACAGCUGUUUAAAUUUGUGAUGACAUCCAACAUCAGGGUGAUCGGUCGUCUUCUUGUGGUUUGAAAUUCUGUUUGUUCAUACUUGUUUACCGCAGGCCAGAGUUAGAGACAUAUCUGCACCCGAAUGGACCAAAUCAUCAUCAGAGCAGCUAAACACACGGAUGGUACACAAACAUUUUCUAGAUUAAAGCUCAUGUGUUUGGAGAGAUUUUAUAGUGUGUAGUUAUUUUUAGAACCUUUAUCAUUUGGUUAUGCAGUAGCGAGGAAGAGAAACAAGUUUCCUUUCAAAUUAAAGUCCAGUUUUUAUAACUACUGUAAACAGAAUUUAUUUAAGAAGCUUCCAGCUGCCAUGCGCAAACCGAUCAAUUAAGUAAUUUGCAGAUGACAACAUUAAAUGAACUGCAGAGCAACCAUUUUCAUUCUAUCUGCGUUUUCAUUACAGGAUGUUUGAUUUUUUACAAAUAUUAUUCGGACUGCUGACUCAAGCCAUCACUGCAGAGUUUCUCCGCCUUGAGGAGAUCGUAUAUCUGUAUCUGUGUAUUUAAGACUGAGUUAUUACAGCAAAAUGUUGUGCAAACACAGAGUGCAGGAAGCAAGAAAUCAGUUGUUGGAACAUUACCGACUGUGAUUGUUUCCAUUCCAUUAAAAUCAGACAUUAAGAGUCUUUACUAAUUAUUGAUGAAUACCAACAUCUGUGGGGUUUGUGGUGAAGAUUCUUUCUAAAUUAAAUAUCUCUGGAGAAUUUUUCAGCAAUAUUUAAGCUUUUUAUUGUCACUGAAUUAAGAUGGAAGAAGGAAUUUUCUUUAAAAUUGAAACUUCAAGGAGAACAUAAUGAAAAUUAUAGGCUAAUCAGUUAUAAAAAAAUAAAUAAAUAUAGUUUAUGUUUUAAUUUUGCAACAUUAAAAUUAAUAAUUAAUCUUGACCUUUGAAUGACUUUUAGUGAAUGACCUUAUGUAGCUGAUGAAGGGUUGAUGCCUGUAAUCAUCUGGAAGAGGGCAGAAAUUGAAACUUCCUUGUGAAAGUUCACCAUUGCAUUUUUCAGCCUUGAAAAUUCAAAUAUCCAGACAUUCACAACUGAUUUUAAAUUAUAUUCUGACCAUAAAAGUGAGUUAACCCUUCAAAAUGAAGAGAAAAUGUACAUCACAAUUUACAACAGUUAACCCAACAGAUUUUGGGUUGAGAAACUCUGUCUUAUGUCAUGUUCCAUAGGUUUUUGUGAUAUUUAAAAAGCCAUGACGCAAGUGAAAAUGAUUCUUAUGAUGCAGAAUUAUAAAAAGUAUGUAAAUGUGUUUCAUGGAUUUUUGGAAAAAAUGUGAUUAUGUGCUGAUGGUUUUUGUCAGCACUGCAGUGUAAAGAGAAGGUGCAUGGAUGAGUGAAGACUGAACUGCAUGAACUUAACAUUAACAUAAAUUUAUGCUGGUGGAGAUAUAUUUUUGCUUAAACAAACACUCUAAUGAUUGUUUGUCUUUUUAGAAACUCAUAAAAAGAUUUCCAGCUGGUUACUUUGGGACGAAUUAUGUUCAGCUUAACAUUUAGCUUAAGUAAGUCUGUUCCCUCUUAGUCUCAAGCCAAAGUCAUCAUUUACAAAAUAAUAUGAUAAACGUACUUGUUUCCCCUUUGCUGGGGUGCUGAGAUCCUCCUUGAACUCCGCAGUCAUCAACAUCGCAAUACGUCUGUUUUAUUCUGCUUUUAUUGCUUUUUUAAUCUUAAAGGCUCUUACUGGAGAGCACAGCGUUUGUCAUUUGUUGUUGAGGCAUAGUCUGUAACCUAUGCAAGGUUAGUCAACGACAUAUGUCCAUUCUGAUUAUCGUCAUAUAACAGCAGUUUCAAUAAAUCUUCA